CUGGGAGGAGGGAGUCCAUACGGGCACAGACUGCUUUUCCUCCAAUCUGUGGUUUCGUCUCUCUCUGCUUAGCUGGACACAACGGCUGCUCUUUGGUGCACUCUUUCCAACCCUGAAGCACCACCAUGCUUUUCAAGGUAAAUGAGGAUUUUUCUUCUCCAUGGACUUUCCAGGGUCUGAUAGUGGGUAUCAUCUCUAUACUGUUCUCCAGCGCCCAGGGUAGCAUAGAGCCACAAAAUGAAGCAGUGGAGCUGGGUGGCAACGUUUCCUUGAGAUGUGUGCUAAAAGAGACUUUGGAGGUGACUCAGGUUACAUGGCAGAAAAAAAUAGAUGGUAACUUUGACAAUAUAGGAACAUAUGGAAAAGGAAAAAAUCAAACUAUUAAUAAUGGUUACAAAGGUAAAGUCAAUAUCAGAGUUCUGGAACUCAAGGAAACUGCUAUCACAUUUUGGAAUGUUAGCAUCCAAGAAAAUGCCUGUUACAGAUGCAUAUUUAAUACACUUACAGGACCUAUCUCAAAGGAACCCUGUCUGGAUGUUUAUGACCACCUCAGAUCAUUUCUACAUUACAGAAUCUCUGAUGGGCACUUGAAUGCCACCUGCUUUGCAACUGGUUUGCCACGUCCCAAUAUCUCUUGGGUUCCAGCAAGAGGUGAAAAGACUGAAAAUGAGAUCAUAAAUCCCAAUGGAACACUGUCUGUCAUAAGCAGUAUCCUUGUAAACACCUCAGAUAGCCAAUAUGCACAAGACUUGAUCUGCAAAGUUUCACACAGAGGAGUGGAGAGGGAAUUCAAGGUGCCAAUGAAAGAGAAAGCCCACUGGAGUCCAGUUCCUAUAGUGAUAACUGUAUCGAUCCUAAUCAUCGUGAUAGUGAUAUCAGGUACCAUAGUAUUGUGCCGGAGGCGUCACAGGAAAAAGAGGGGGUUCUAAGGGAUUCCAACAAACAACAGCCAGAGUUGAUUCCAUGGAAAAGAAAAAUAAUCUGUCAUUCUCAUCUGAGUACGGAGCAUACUACAAAAGAAGCACAAAGGACUAUCUGGACCAAAUUUGUGAUUCAUCAUAUUCAGCCGUGCCUCAUUUUCCAUAUGUCACUUAAAGGAUGCCUAAAGACCAGACCUAAUGUCUUCUAUCUCUGUUUAUACAAUGGCUGUAUGUAGGCCUAUCUUUUUCUCAUCCGUCUCAUUUUAUUCUUCAUCUUUGUAGGAAAAUAAUGGGGGCUCUUUCCUUAUAAAUGGUUAAAAAAAAACCCUUGCUAAUUGUCAGGUUAGAUGUACAAUAAAGAUGCUGGAUGCAAGAUGUGUGAAGCAAAACCAGAUUGCUUGUCAAGCCAGAUACCAAAUAGGAUGCAUCGGCCUCAAAGAUCCAUAACUGAUCAACUUAAGCAUUUCUUUCUGAACAUGUUAGGCACUGUGGGCUUCUGAUGGGCCACUGUGUGAAACUGGAUAGUGAACUUUAUAGGCCUUGGGCCUGAUCCAGCAGGGCUGCUCUUAUAGUCUUUUGAGUUUGGGGAUGUAAGGAACUGCAACAGGAAGGAAAGGAUGAAAGUUGCAUUGCAUGGGUGCAAUUAUGCAAGCAGAUCCAACCUAUGGAAAUAUGAUUCCAUUAUUAAAAGAAGAUGAAUCAGGAAAGUGGAAAGAAGAGGGGAAACUGUGGGAUAAUCAUCUAGCUUAGAACUAUUUCUAUUUAGUAAGUGCCAAAACCAAACCAAAGAAUGCAUAUGCAUCCCAACAUUUUGUACUUGCAUUUUGUUUCUCAAUGCAAAUAAUUUUCUUACCAUGAAGUAUUAGCUUUUGCUAAAAAAGAACAAUGCGCCAGUUCAGAUAAGAUGUGGCUACAACAUGCAAUCAGGGUGGGGUCACACCGAGAACAUGCCCACCCAGACAUCACUGGAGAAUGUCACCACAUGAUUUGGGGGCAUUCUUUAAUUGAGGAGGAUGUUCAUCUGAAUUGCCCUUCGACAUAUUUUAUUGUAUUUAAAAUAUAUCUUUACUGCCCAAAACUUACAUCUCUGCGCAGUUAACAAUUAAAAUCAUUGAAAACAUCAAAUCAAUUAACAAUUAAAAUUAUUGAAAACACUGAAAAUAUUUAAAACCCAGUAUUAAAAAUAUUAAAACUUUAGUGACAUCUAAUUAAAAGCCUGGGUGAAUAAAUGUUUCUUCAGUGCCUUUUAAAAAGUUGAUUAUCAGAAACAUAUGCAUCUGAUACCUGAGGGGUUAUUUAGAAAAACAGCCCCCUCACAUGGUUAUGGGAUGCCCCAAGAGCAUGUUAGGACAUCCUUUAGUGACAUCAGGGCAGGUGCAACUCUGUCCUGAUCGUAUUUUGUGACCAAUGUCUCAUCUGAACCGGCCCUAUGAAAUGUAUAUCUUGAAUUGCCUUCACUAGUAGAAGUUUGCUUUCCUUCUUUACCGUACUCCCUUCGUACCUUGUUGGUUGAUUUAAAAGGAAAACUUAAAAAUAAACAAUAGAGAAAGUACUAGAGAAUUAUAUUUGAAGAAUGUACCAUGGAUUUUGAACUAGUUUUUUGUGAAAGAUGUGGAACGGUAUGUGAUAUUUGUUACUGAAAUAUGUUACAUUUAUGAAUAACAAGAGCUGGGAACUGCUUCAAGGCCACUUUAGAACCUGCAUUUUAAAAUAUAAAAUGGGAUGGGUAUAAAUUUUGAACUCAUUUAUGCUAGGCCUGGCACGGAGAUUCUCCAAAGUGAAAUUCAAAAGGCAAGAGGCAUUUCAGGAUUCCUCCAAAGGAGACAUAGAAGCUGUUCUCUUGCACAGCCGAACCAGGGCUAGGGAUGCCCAGCCUGGGUUAGGCUGUGCAUGAGAACCACCGAGAUAGGGCUCAAUUCUGGCAGGCUAGUGCCACCUAACCCUGUUACGAAACCUGCCUUCUAAACAAGGUUAAGGGAGUGAGCGCUUCCUUAACCUCUUUUACCUGAUUGUGUGGCAGCGCUGGCUGCUUGGAACACUGAAGGGCACCUGCCCGUCGCUUGGGGGAUCUCCACAAUACACCAUACACUCGCAUUACAGUGCAUUGUGGGAUUUCUAGGGCCCGGCAUGAUGUGUCCCAGCCCCUGCACCUCCAUGCUGCCGGAAGCAGCAGCGGAACGUCUGGGCACACUAUUUUUGCAUCCAGAGGCAGCAGCAGGAUUGUCUGCAGGGAAGCUAGGCUCCUGCAGCCUUUCCCACUACCUGCUGUCAAGCCCUCUCAUGGCAACUGUGAGAAAUGUCUCAUAUUGUGUUGCUCCACAUAGGAGAAAAUUUGAGCAGGAAUACCAUCCUUUUCAAGCACAGAUUCUUGCUAGAUAGGAAAACAAGAGCACAUUCCUCCUCGCUAAAGAUCUCUAGACGUGUCCAAAGAUGCUCUGCACAGGUGCAACUCUACAUGUGGAACCGCACAGAGACCACGAAGAAGUAAGUUUUCCAUUGUGUGAUAUACGAAGGCAGUCCUCAGUGUGGAGGUUCUGAUUUUGAAAAGUGAAGGUAGCUAAAAAUAAAGUGUUAUUAACAGCACAGUGUGGCUCCCCAAUGGGCAGGGCUAAAGUCAAUAAAGUCAACAAAUACACAAACAAAUAAAAUGUAGCAAAACUGCCCAGGAACCUAGGACAAGCCAUUUCAGCAAUGCCCUGCCAUUUUGUGACAUUUUUUUUAAAAAGAACUUUUUGGGAGGUCAUAUACUUCUCAUAACAACAGCCCUGCUGGAUCAGGCCCAAGUUCUAGCUAGUCCAGCAUCCUGUUUCACACAGUGGCCCACCAGAUGCCUCUGGGGAGCCCACAGGCAAGAGACGAGGGCACACCCUUUCUCUUGCUGUUGCUCCCCUGCGACUGGUAUUUAGAGGCAUCUUACCUCUGAGGCUAGAGGUGGCCUAUAUUAUUAUUGUUAUUAAGAGGUGGCCUAUAUUAUUAUUAUUAUUUAUUUAUUUCUUGUUUACACAGUCAGACCGGUGUUAUUGACUGGUUUGUUUUAUCCAGACAUCGAGUCCUUCCCAAGGACCGGGGAUGGCUGAAUUUUAUUAUAAAUGUUGUUGCUGUUAUUAUAGAUAUAAUCGCAGAAUAUAGGAAGUUCUUAGUAAAGUUGCUUUUUGUAAUUGGCUGAUGGUGAUUUCUGUGGCCCCUACGGUGUUGAGGUGCUCUUCAAGGUGUUUUGGAAUUGCACCUAGGGCGUCAAUUACCACUGGGAUUAUUUGGGUCUUCUUCUGCCACAGCCGUUCAACUUCAAUUUGUAGAUCUUUGUAUUUUUUUUUCUUAUUUCUUUUUCUUCUAUUCUGCUAUCCCCUGGUAUUGCUAUGUCGAUUAUUUUAACUUCUUCUUUCUUCUCGACUACAGUUAUAUCUGGUGUAUUGUGUGGCAGAUGUAGAUGGCAGAUAGUCGGAAGUCCCAUAAUAUUUGGGCAGUUCUAUUCCUUCUGUUUUUCUUAUUUUCCCUCUGUUCAUUAUUAAUGCAGCACACUUGUCUAGUCCAAACUCCAUUGCUAUAUUGCUACUGAAUAUACGGACAGUGUUUAGCAGUGAUUUGAUUUCUGACUGGGACUUUCCAUACAACUUCAAAUCGUCCAUGUACAGCAGACGGUUUAUUUGACUUGAUGUUUUAGAUGUUUGGUAUCCGAGGCCUGUUUUGUUUAGUAUUUGUGAAAGUGGAGUCAUGGCGAUUACAAACAACAGAGGGGAUAGUGAGUCCCCUUGGAAAAUGCCUCUUCUAAUGCUAACCUGUCCAAGUGUCUUACCAUUGAUUUUUAACUGUGUACUCCACAUGCUCAUUGCUUUUUAAAUAAAUAUUUGAAUGUUUUUGCUGACACCAGUUGUUUCUAAACAUUUUAGUAUCCAUGUGUGAGGCAAUGAAUCGAAGGCUUUCUUGUAGUCAAUCCAUGCAACACUUAGAUUUGUUUUUCUUCUCUUGCAGUUUUCUAAAAUCAUUUUGUCAAUCAGCAGCUAGUCUUUUGUGCCUCUGGUGUUCAGACAAUUUCCUUUCUGUUCAACUGGAAGCUAUUGGUUAGUUAAUAAGUGUUGCAUUAUUUCAUCUACUAUUAUUCCAGUUAAUAAUUUGAACAUGUUUGGCAGGCAGGUGAUCGGACUAUAAUUACUUGGAACUGCACCUUUUGCUGGGUCUUUCAUGAUGAGAUGAGUUUUCCCAGUUGUUAGCCAUUGUUCAAUAUCACCUCCUUGCAAGAUGUGAUUGAACUAUUUUGAUAGUUGUUUAUGAAGGCUUGUUAGGUGUUUAAGCCAAAAGCCAUGCAGUUCAUCGUCACCUGGUGCAGUCCAAUUUUUAAUUUUCUUUGCUCUUUCACUUAUUAAUUCUGGUGUUAUUAUUAGAUCUUGCAUGUGCUGGUUACAUUUUUUGACCUCUUUCACCCAGCCUGCUUUUUUAUUAUAAUCUAUUGGAUUGUCCCAUAAUUUUCCCCAGAAUUUUUCUUUGUUGCUUUUUGUAGUUGGCUGAUGGUGAUUUCUGUGCCCCUAUUAUUAUUAUUAUUAUUAUUAUUAUUAUUAUUAUUAUUAAUUCGAUUUCUAUACCGCCCUUCCAAAAAUAUCCAGCAGACUAGCAACCAUUGAUAGACCUGACCUCCAUGGAUUUGUCUAAGCCCCUUUUAAAGCCAUCCAAACUAGUGGUUAUCACCACAUCCCAUGGCAAAGAAUUCCUUAGAUUAAUUAUGUGCUGUGUGAAAAAAGUAUUUCCUCUUGUUCGUCCUAAAUUUCCAGACCUUCAGUUUCAUGGAAUGACCCCUGGUUGUGAGAGAGGGAGAAAAUAUUUUCUCUAUCCACUCUACUCCAUGCAUAAUUUUAUAUACCUUGAUCAUGUUUCCCCUUAGUUGCCUCUUUUCCAAACUAAAAAGCCCCCAGAUGCUAUAGCCUUGCCUCAUAAGAAAGGUGCUCCAGAUUCCUGAUCAUCUUAGUUGCCCUCUUCUGCACCUUUCCCAGUAUCCUUUGUGGUGACCAGAACUGUAAACAGUACUCCAGAUGUGGCUGCACAAUAGAUUUGUAUAAGGGCAUUAUAAUAUUAGCAUUUUUACUUUCAGUCCCCUUCCUAAUAAUCCCUAACAUGGGAUUUGCCUUUUGUCGCAGUUUGGAGAGAUUUUUUUUUUUUUAAGCACCUCACAAUUUGUUGUAGAUUUCACUACCCUAAAUAGUUCUGUGUCAUCUGCAAAUUUGGCCACUUUGCUGUUUACCCCAACUUCUAGAUCAUUUAUGAACAAGUUAAAGAGCAAUGGUCCCGGUACAGAUCCCUGAGGAACCCACUUCUUACUUUCCUCCGUUGUGAAAAUUGUCCAUAUAUUCCUACCCUCUGUUUCCUUUCCUUCAACCAGUUACCAAUCCACACAUGAACCUGUCCCCUUAUCCCAUGACUGCUAAGUUUACUCAAGAGCCUUUGGUGGGGCACUCUUAACACUCCUGUAAGCACUCUAAUACUCCUGUGUUAGAGAGCUCAUCUAGUCAGAAUUAAGGAUAAAGAGCACAGAUGCUGGCACAAUCUGCUCCACACAGCAUUCUCUUCCCAUAGCAAAGCUAUCCCAUUCUUUAUUAUACACAGACAAGUGCUCAUGUAGGCAAUCCAUUUCAUUUGCAUUAUCUUGUGAUCGAUGGAUUGAUCAGUUGCAUUAGUAUCUGCUUAUAGACACUUUCAAAAUCUGGGGCAGACUUCAAUGAAGAAAGUUCUUUACUGAAACUCUUGAUAAGUCAGUCAGUCAGUUCCAUAUCAGAGCUACGAUAAAGACAGGAAACUGAGAACAUUGUUGAAAUUAAGUUUCCAUUUCCUUGUCUAGAUGUGGAGAUAAGCAUUUUGAACGUCAUUCUUUCCCAUGCUAUAAAGAUUUAAUUUGCAAAGCGGGGGGAGAUACAGCAAAGUAGGCAAAAUAUUUUGCAUUUACAUUUCUAUAGCUGCAGUUUCAGAGGUCUGACAAUUCAUUUUAUGGGCAUCCUACCAUAUGUCAGUGGUGUUCAAACUUUCUAUUUUUAAGGAGCCCUUCCACAGUCUAGAGCUCAACUGAUCUGAAAUGUCCUUUCCAUUUCCUCAUAUUCGCAGACUGCCAAACAAAAACAUGGAGGGGACCAAUGUGGCCAGGCUUGGCUACACUUCUGCACUCCCGUAUUUCUGAUUCUUGGCACACUCCAUAUUGCCCACCCAGAUCGUGACCUUAAUUGGUGCCUGACGGGCAGUCAUUGCAUGACUCCUAGUCAAUGGGGAAGGCAAUUAUUUGUUCUGGCUUGGGUAUAUUCCUGGUAUCUUAGAACAAUCGACUCACAAUGGGUCAGGAAGACCCAUGUAUAGUUUUACAGUUGCCAGCAGGGCUGACUGAUAAGAUAUAGUUUAUCUGAACAGGUGGACCAGUUGCCACCCCCUCAUUGAGAGGCAUAGGAGCAAGGCUGGAGUGGGACAAAAAGUGAAGAUGGCCCCUGCUUCCUCUUCUUUCUCAGAAAGGUGUGAAGGAGAGAGCAAACAGCAAGCUGUCACCCAAUCCUUCUCUCAGGGGCCCAGGGACAUUUGUUCCUUGUUCAAUAGUAGCUAUGCAGCACUCUCAUUAUAUCUGGAGGAGUACAUACUAUGGCAUCCCAAGCAUCAUUCAAGGUCUUUUGUGCUCCCCCCCCCCCUGAACAGAUCUAAUAAGUCAUGCUGAGAACCCAUUUCCAAAAGCACCUUUGCAGGAAGAAGCUUGCAUUGGUGCUUUUGUCUUCUGUAAGACCUGACAAGGGUCUGUACCUUGGCAGUCCUGAGACCCAUCAACUCCUUUGUUUUAAGCAAUCAAGGAUCAUGAGCAGAUUGGAUCAACACCUAGUCAUCAGCUAAGGCCAACCUUUGGCUAUAAAGAGAUUUUGGUUUUUGCACCUAGUGUGAACUUUUCCUCCCCUGUCCUUUGGGUGGCUUGAUCCAAAGAAACAACCUAUUUUCUUUGCUGUAGUAUUUGAGUAUCCCUCCUUUGUUUUCCCCACACAUGCACCACAGAGAGCUAUUCCUUCUCUCACAUGGGUUAAUUCAUUUUUGUUUCCCUUGAUCUUUGGGAUACCUCAGAGUACUCCAGCUGGUGGACUCAGGCAAAUGGUAAUUUACAGCAUGCUGCCUUCUCAUGUCAGUAGGCUUGCUAACCUGGUUCCCUCCCUAUAACUAAAGCCUCUGCCUCCUUUCCAGGAAGGACUCCAGUAACUACUUGAUCCAGUAGCAUAGGGAGGCUGGCGGCGUUUGGGAUGGAAAUAAUGCCCCUGCAUCUGACGUCAGAUGCUGGGGGCGUCUCUGGGCCCACGCUUGUGGCCCCUGAUUGAUGGCGGCCCAGGUUCUUUGAACACAUUCGCCCAAUAGUGGCUCUGCCCCUGACUUGAUCCUUGCUCUCCAGCUCCAGAGAUCAGCCUAAGAUGUGUAUAAAAGAGCCCCUGGUGGCGCAGUGGUAAAACUGCCGCCCUGUAACCAGAAGGUUACAAGUUCGAUCCUGACCAGGGGCUCAAGGUUGACUCAGCCUUCCAUCCUUCCGAGGUCGGUAAAAUGAGUACCCAGAAUGUUGGGGGCAAUAUGCUAAGUCAUUGUAAACCGCUUAGAGAGCUCCGGCUAUAAAGCGGUAUAUAAAUGUAAGUGCUAUUGCUAUUGCUAUUGCUAUAUUAUUUUAACUCUGUCUCUUUCUCUUUGUCUUUAUCCUUCAUCUCUUUCCCCUGCUCCUGUAUGUUAGAAUUUUUUCAAUCUUUUCUCUUCUUAAAGACUAGGAGCCUGUAAGCAGGAUCCCUUCUGUGACCUUCUAAGAAUUAGUCAAUGUCUUGUAAAUUACUAUUUUCCAAUACACAUAGCCUCUAUUUCAGGAGAGCCUUGAAAACAUAUUUGUUUGGCCUGGCCUCCCAAGGUUUUUAAAUUGUUCUUAAAAAAUUUUUUAAACCUCAUUUUAAACUUUGUAAUUUGUUUUUAUAUUGGUUUAAGUUGAUGGUUUUAAAUGGAUGUUUGUUUGUGUUUUUGUUAUAAACCGCCUAGAUGGAUAAGGCGGUAUAGAAAAGUAAUAAAUAAAUAAUAAAAAUAAAUAUUUUUCAAUAA